AUGGGGCCUUCGUUCGAGUUUGCGAUUUGCCUACUCCUCGUCGUGAAUUUCAUUUUCAUGGCAGCGCAAUUGCAGGUCCAUGGUAUGGGCGUUGGCCACUCCAUCGGUUUCCUUCGCUUUGACCAGAGUCCUGAGGAGUUGUACCCCUGGGCCGACACGUUCUUUUGGUAUUGCGACAUCUUCUUCGCCGCCGCCUUUACGCUGGAGAUUCUCAUUCGAUGGAUGGUGAUUGGCAGAACUUUUUGGUGCCACAUCCUCAAUUGGAUCGAUUUCUUCGUGAUCCUCAGCAGCUGGAUCGAAUUCUUCGCCGCGGCCUUGCCUUUCUCUCCGACCUUCCUACGGAUGAUGCGCUUGGGAAAGCUCCUGCGAGCCCUACGAGUCAUACGGCUCUCGCGAGUCUUGGAAUCGCUGCAUUUGCUCUUGAAGUGUAUUGUGGCAAGCCUGCAGAUUUUUUUCUGGUCAGUGGUGUUGCUGAUCAUCAUUCAAUACUGUGCGGGCAUGACCAUCUCCUACAUGCUCAGCGACUACAUGUCGGACGCUUCGCGCGGUUCGUUGCAGGAGCGCCAGGAAGUCUUCCGCUACUAUGGCACCUUCUCGAAGACCAUUCUCACGAUGUUCGAGGUGUUAUUUGCCAACUGGGCCCCGGCAUGUCGCGUGCUCGUCGACAACGUCAGCGAGACGUAUGCUAUUGUCUUCAUCCUCUACCGAUGUUGUGUGGGCUUCGCGGUGCUUAAUGUGGUCAACGCGGUCUUUGUGCAGAGCACCAUGAAGGUGGCCUCGGCAGAUGAGGAUAUUGUGGCCAAUGAGAAGGCCAAGGCGCAGGCAGCUUACACACGCAGAGUGAACGCUCUUUUCAGCGAAGCUGACACUUCAGGCGAUGGAAUGCUGGACUUGGAAGAGUUCCUGCGGCUGCUGGACAAUCCACAGCUCCAGGUGUGGCUCCACAUGCUUGAGUUGGACACUCCAGACUUGAUGGGUCUCUUUCACAUGCUUGAUGAUGGCAAGGGAGAAAUCUCCUUGGAAGCUUUGGCACAACUUAUGAAGCGGAUGAAGGGCGUUGCCAAAAGCCUGGAUUUGAACAAGUUGCAACACGAGGUGGCCAAGUUGCACACCAAGGUGGAUGGCCUCGACAUUGGGAACUCCAGGCCGAGACAUUGA